GGACCGACCCGGCAGGGCUGGCGCGAACCGCGAGGGAGAGCGCUGGGCAGCGCUCGAGCACCAGUGUGAGCGUGGCCGCAGAGGACCCUGGCGACCUACUCCGGAGAUCCCGGCUCCACGCUCUCCUCACAUUUUACGGAUUCCGCCCCCCACCUCCUGCGACUAUAUCCCCUAAAGAGGAGCUUUUAUAUCCAGAGAAGGCGCGGGAGCUGGGGCAACCACUACUUUCCUGGGCACCCAAGAUGCGCUCCAUUAGAAAGAGGUGGACGAUCUGCACGAUAAGUCUGCUCCUGAUCUUUUAUAAGACAAAAGAAAUAGCAAGAACUGAGGAGCACCAGGAGACGCAACUCAUCGGAGAUGGUGAACUGUGUUUGAGUCGAUCUCUUGUCAAUAGUUCUGAUAAAAUCAUUCGAAAGGCUGGCUCUUCAAUCUUCCAGCACUCUGUAGAAGGUUGGAAAAUCAAUUCAUCAUUGGUCCUAGAGAUAAGGAAGAACAUUCUUCGUUUCCUAGAUGCUGAACGAGAUGUUUCAGUGGUCAAGAGCAGUUUUAAGCCUGGUGAUGUCAUUCACUAUGUGCUUGACAGGCGCCGGACACUAAAUAUUUCUCAGGAUCUGCAUAGCCUCCUACCUGAAGUUUCACCAAUGAAAAAUCGCAGAUUUAAGACCUGUGCAGUGGUUGGAAAUUCUGGCAUUCUGCUAGAUAGUGAAUGUGGAAAGGAGAUUGACAGUCACAAUUUUGUAAUAAGGUGUAAUCUAGCCCCUGUGGUGGAGUUUGCUGCAGAUGUGGGAACUAAAUCAGAUUUUAUUACCAUGAAUCCAUCAGUUGUACAAAGAGCAUUUGGAGGCUUUCGGAAUGAGAGUGACAGAGAAAAAUUUGUGCAUAGACUCUCCAUGCUGAAUGACAGUGUCCUUUGGAUCCCUGCUUUCAUGGUCAAAGGAGGAGAGAAGCACGUGGAGUGGGUUAACACAUUAAUCCUUAAGAAUAAACUGAAAGUGCGAACUGCCUAUCCAUCAUUGAGACUUAUUCAUGCUGUCAGAGGUUACUGGCUGACAAACAAAGUUCCCAUCAAAAGACCCAGUACAGGCCUCCUCAUGUACACACUUGCCACAAGAUUCUGUGAUGAGAUUCACCUGUAUGGAUUCUGGCCAUUCCCUAAGGAUUUGAAUGGAAAAGCCGUCAAAUAUCAUUACUAUGAUGACUUAAAAUAUAGGUAUUUUUCUAAUGCAAGUCCUCACAGAAUGCCAUUAGAAUUCAAAACAUUAAAUGUGCUACAUAAUAGAGGCGCUCUGAAACUGACAACAGGGAAGUGUGUAAAGCAAUAA